ACACACACACACACACAUGUACUUUCACAUACAUACUCAGUCAAUGGGAUUUAGACUGGAGUCCUCCCUCCCUCCUUCUCUACUCUAAUCGCAGUGUUGUGGUUUUCUCGCUGUGGCUCUGUGGUUGUUUUCUCCUCCCUCUCAGGAAACUCUCUGUCUCUCUCUCUCUCUCUCUCUCUCUAUCUCUCUCUCUUCUCAGUGUAUAUAAGUAAGCAGUGAGUAGGCUUUUUAGCAGACAGAGAAAAACUAUGCUAGCGUACUGUAAAUGCAGGGAGGUGUGUGUAGUGUAUUGUCAGCCGCACGUUACUGAGGCACCGGCGUGGGAUCUACAGGAUGAUUGACAGUUGCCUGUGCUGAGUCACACAGCAGAAUGCCUGGUGUGCCCUGCGGGGCCUUGCAACACCACACUGUGCCUGUAGCCUGUGCCAUCAUCUGUUCCUGGCUGUUGAUCCUGGUCCAUUCUGUCCUUUGCCAGAAACCUGCAAAGUUGCCUCUGGUGGGCCGCAAGCCUUUCCUGGCUGCCUGGAAUGCUCCACUGGAUAUGUGUACAUUGAAGUACAAUAUUAACGUCAGCCUUGAUAUUUUCCACAUCAGCGGCAGUCCACGAGCCGUCCACACGGGCCAGAAUGUCACCAUCUUUUAUGCUAAUCGUCUGGGCUACUACCCUUUCUACAAUGAGCAAGGGGUUCCAAUCAACGGAGGCCUACCUCAGAACACCAGUCUUGAAGCACAUCUUCGCAAAGCCCGAAAAGACAUAGCGCACUUCAUUCCUUCGGAAGAUUUCCGUGGCCUGGCUGUGAUCGACUGGGAGUUUUGGCGGCCACAGUGGGAUCGUAACUGGCACAAAAAAGACAUUUACCGGAAAAAUUCACGUGAACUGAUUGCACAGGCCUACCUUAAUGUGACAGAGGAACAGGUGGAGGAGCUGGCACGCUUGCGCUUUGAGAAAAGUGCCAUGGAGUACAUGCAGAGCACGCUGCAGCUCGGUACACAAACUCGCCCACAUGGACUUUGGGGUUUUUAUCUCUACCCUGACUGUCACAAUUAUAACAUACAUGAACUCAACUACAGUGGCACAUGCCCUCAACGGGAGAGCGAACGUAAUGACCAGCUGUUUUGGUUGUGGAACAGCAGCACUGCCCUUUUCCCGGCGCUCGCUAUACGUAAGGGCCACACAGACAGCAUUCGCAACCUGCACUUCUCGCAGAACAGGGUACUAGAGUCAUUGCGACUGGCCUCACUUACCUCACUUCCCUAUGAGCUGCCUACGUAUGUGUACACGCGGCUGGGGUAUAGAGAUGAAGCAAUGGCCUUCCUGACACAAAAGGACUUGAUUCAUACAAUAGGAGAAAGCGCUGCUUUGGGAGCUGCAGGAUUUGUCAUUUGGGGGGAUCUUAACCUCACAUCCUCAAGGCACAACUGUUCCAAAGUGAAGGCAUUUAUGAACCACAAACUGGGUCAGUACAUCACUAAUGUUACCCGAGCAGCAGAAGUCUGUAGCGACUUCCUGUGUCAGUCCAAUGGACGCUGUGUCCGUCGAGACCCACAGGCACCGCACUACCUACACUUGAGCCGCAGCAGCUAUCGGAUCCUGUCUAACCGGAAUGGCACAUUCACUGUAACUGGCUGGCACUCACAACACGAGCUCCAACUGCUAGCCGACAGGUUCCGCUGCCACUGUUACCAGGGCUAUGAGGGAGACCGCUGUGAUAGCAUAGAACCAGAGGAGACAGAGGAGGAUAACAUGAUAAAAGAGAAUGUGGAUGGGGAGGAUCAAAAGAAACUGGAGGACCACGAACACAUGAGGGAUACUGCUGUGCCUUUACAAAAUGGCUUGAUUCUGUACACUCUACUCCUCUUGUUGAACUUCGGUUUUAUUUAGAGGUGAAGUGUGUCAUUUAUGCACCAUUUGUAUCAUCAGGUGGAAUUGCAAUAAGAACAAUAACCAUUUUUAAAACAUUCCCCUUAUCUCUCAUUGGCUGAACAAACAAAUAGCCCUACCCAAGACUCACAUCAUAUCACUGUUGUAAUGUGGGGUUGUUUGGAUUCAUAAACCAACAGAGAUUUAAAAAAGAGCUACAGAGUUAAUGUUUAUACUGUAUUUGUUUUUCAGAUACUUUUUUAUACCUUUUUUGCAGGGCAUAGCAGAUAUCUUUGGCCAAAGAAUUCUUCGAACAACUGCUGCUAUUACAUUUAAAUGUAUUUUAUACAAUAUUCACAAAAUUAUCAUUGGAAAAUAGAUAAAGAUGAAAUACAAAAUUUUAAUAAACAUAAUACAUUUACUACUUUUUUACAUAUACCUUUAAAUGUACAUUUACCAGAUGUUUUUAUAUAAAAAAAUACUUACAAAUGAGAAUAAUAGAAGCAAAUCAGACAAGCAGAAUAGUAUAUAUUGUGUGGUGCUGUGACAAGUCCCAUAUUUAAGUACUUUUUUGGAAUGGAAAUUCUCAAGCAGAAUAGUCAGUUGGAAAAUCAGCCUGCAUCUAACAUAUUUAUAGAAGUAUUUUCUGGUCCCAUGUUAAGCUUUUUUACAGUGAAUCUUUAAAAUGUACACACUUCACCUUUAAGUAAAAGUGGCCAAAGAGUCACUUGAUGGCACAUUUUGACUCAGUCAGGUUUUAAUAUUUGUGAUUUUGCUAAAUUAUAAUAGUUACAAUGGUGCUGUAUGCUAGAUGCAAGCUUUGUUUGCACAGACUUCAGUCUGAAUAGAUUCUAUGAAAUGUUGAAUGCUCAUUGAUUAUUUUAAUUUGUCAUUGUUUUCUGAUAGAAAAGAUUCAAUCUAUGUAGACUGUUUUUACAAAACACUGACGACAACAACAUGGCAUAUUUAAGCAAGAUUAUAUCUAGCAGUGAGCACUUCAAAGUUGUGGAAUGCUGGGUUUUCAAAAUAUAUGAUAUAUGAUAUACACAUGUCAUACUUUAUAUCUGAAUCUGUCAAAAACAUACAUAACUAUAGCCAAAAUUAAAUCAAAUAUUCACCAUUAUUUGACUUGGGCAAGUGGGGCAAAGUAAUUUAGCCUAUUGAAUUUAACAAGAUGUGCCUCAAUUUUUUAAAUUUUUUUAAGAAAAGCCGAAUAUAAAGUCAUGUUCAGGUGUUCUCAUAUGCUCUCUUAUGUAAUCUAUAUUGACUGCAAAUGUCAACACAACAAAUUUUCAUUAUUUGAAACAAUCUAUUAUAUCACUCAUCAUUGCAAGCUUUAAUCAAAUUUGCACAAUAGAAAAACUAUGUAAUCAUCAAGUUAUUGAUGAGAAAUCUCAGUGAACACAACCAGGGUUCAAGCUAGUUAAGUUUUAUUAGAAAAGAAAGUACAAAACAUCUACUUUUUUAGUACAUUUUUUUUGAUCCCCAAAUUUCUUGUAAUUCAUGCUAAACCAAAAAUUAAUUGGUUGUAUGUGUUUACACGUGUACGUUAGCAUUUGCUAAACUACAGAAAGCUGUGGUGACUCAUAAUGAUUGUAUGUUAAACUGUGCUGUUUAUUUUAUGUAACUUUUUAAUUCAGAACGAAUGAUACUGAAAACAAAAAGGUAUAUACCUCAAUACUUUUCAGUACUUUGAAGAAUUUUUAUUAGCAGAGUCUGCGAAUAGUUAAAAAUUGAAAUAGAUAUCUACAUACUGUUUUAAAUGUCCAGUAUCAGGUUUAAAGAUAACUGGACUCUUAUUUUCUUACCUGUUUUGAGUACAGGUAUAAACAUUUUUCUAAAAUACUGUAUUUUGUAGCAUGUAGACAGCAGUUUGUACUGGCCGUUAUUAUCACAGCCUUUAUUAUUGGAAAGUGUCUAUUUUUCUUUUUACCUCAGUUCUAAAAUUUACAGUCUUCAAAUAUUAUUUUUUUCAUCUCAAUAUGAGUCUUAUGCAAUGUGUUAUUAAAUACUUGAUUUUUACUUUUUUUUUUUUUUUUUUUUCAUUAAAGCAAUACCAUUAACCAAAUACUCGAAGACAAAUGUUGCCUGAAUGUUGAUGCACUGCAAAUAAAAGAUUGUAAUCUGGUCUUGA